UUCCUCUGUUACAGCCUCCGUUUCUCUACAAAACCCAAUUCCUCCUCCCACCUCUUCCUCUUUUUUCCUUCCUCUCUUCUCCCUUCAAUUCACUCUUCCCACUUCACAUCUGCCCAUCAUGCCUUACGGAAAGAUUGAUGAGCUCGCCAUUGCCACCAUCCGAACCCUCGCGGUCGAUGCUGUCUCUAAGGCUAACUCUGGCCACCCUGGUGCGCCCAUGGGCAUGGCUCCCGUCUCUCACGUUCUUUUCAACAAGUUCAUGACCUUCAACCCAAAGAACCCCAACUGGGUUAACCGCGAUCGUUUCGUUCUCUCCAACGGUCACGGAUGCAUGCUCCAAUAUGUGCUCCUCCACCUUUUCGGCUAUGACUUGAGCAUGGACGACUUGAAGAGCUUCCGACAAGUCGACUCCAAGACUCCCGGUCACCCCGAGGCCCACGACACCCCCGGAAUCGAGGUCACCACUGGUCCUCUCGGUCAGGGUAUCGCCAACGCCGUCGGUCUUGCCAUUGCCCAGAAGCACACCGCUGGUGUCUUCAACAAGCCCGGCUACGACCUCAUCAACAACUACACAUACUGCUUCUUCGGUGAUGGCUGCGCCAUGGAGGGUGUUGCCAGCGAGGCUGCGUCCACUGCCGGUCACUUGCAGCUCGGCAACUUGAUUGCCAUCUACGAUGACAACCACAUCUCCAUUGACGGUGACACCAACGUCGCAUUCACUGAGGAUGUCCUCAAGCGAUUCGAGGCCUACGGCUGGCACACUCUCCACGUCGAGAAGGGUGACGACGACCUCGAGGCCAUCGAGGCCGCCAUUGCAGAGGCCAAGAAGGUCACUGACAAGCCCACCGUCAUCAAGCUCACCACCACUAUUGGUUACGGAUCCAAGCUCCAGGGCACUCACGGUGUCCACGGCAACCCCCUCAAGCCCGACGAUGUCAAGCACGUCAAGUCCCUCUUCGGUUUCGACCCCGAGAAGUUCUUCGUUGUACCCCAGGAGGUGUACGACUUGUACCACGAGCACGCCGCCGCUGGUGCCGCUGCUGAGCAGGAGUGGAACACCCUCUUCGAGAAGUACGGAAAGGAGUACCCCGAUCUUCACAAGGACUUGGCCCGUCGUUUGAGGGGCGACCUCCCCGAGGGCUGGGAGAAAAAGCUUCCCGUCUACACCACCAGCGACCCCGCCAUUGCUUCCAGAAAGCUCUCCGAGGCCGUUCUCGAGGCCAUCCACGACGCUGUUCCCGAGCUGCUCUCUGGAUCUGCUGACUUGACUGGCUCCAACAACACCAUCUGGAAGGGUGCUGUCGACUUCCAGCCCCCCAGCACCGGCCUCGGUGACUGGUCUGGCCGUUACCUCAGGUACGGUGUCCGCGAGCACGGUAUGGGUGCCAUCAUGAACGGUCUUGCCGCAUACGGCACUGUCAUCCCCGCCGCCGGUACUUUCUUGAACUUCGUCUCCUACGCCGCCGGUGCCAUCCGUCUCUCCGCCCUCUCUCACGCGCGUGUCAUCUGGAUCGCUACCCACGACUCCAUCGGUCUUGGUGAGGAUGGCCCCACCCAUCAGCCCAUCGAGACCCUCGCUCACUUCCGUGCCCUCCCCAACGCCAUGGUCUGGCGCCCUGCCGACGGAAACGAGACCUCUGCUGCCUACUACAUGGCUCUCACCUCCAGGGAGACCCCCUCCAUCAUUGCCCUCACCCGCCAAAACCUCCCUCAAUUGUCGUGCUCGACUCUCGAGCGUGCCAUCAAGGGUGGAUACGUCGCUCUCGAGGACAAGGAUGCUCAGAUCACCCUUGUCUCCACCGGUUCCGAGGUUUGCAUCGCCCUCGAGGCCGUCGAGACCCUCAAGGCCCAGGGCAUCAAGGCCCGUGUUGUCUCCAUGCCCUGCACGGAGGUCUUCGACGCCCAGUCCAAGGAGUACAAGCUCUCCGUCAUCCCCGAUGGCAUUCCCUCUCUCUCCAUUGAGGUCAUGACCACUCUCGGAUGGGAGAAGUACUCUCACGAGCAGUUCGGUCUCAACAGGUUCGGUGCUUCCGGUCCUUACAAGGAUGUCUACAAGAAAUUCGAGUUCACUCCUGAGGGCAUCGCCAAGCGCGCCGCCGCCACCGUCGACUUCUGGAAGGAUGUCAAGCCCAUCCGUUCCCCCGUCAACCGUGCCUUCCAGCAGCUCAUCUAGAUUACGUAUACCAUUGCAAGGGGAGAAAAAUCGGACACUUUGGGAUAGCUUUUUAUCGGGGAUUCAUUGGGAAUUAUAUCUCCAAAC